AGACAACGCGGCGGCGAUGUCCGCGAGCCAGGCGGGAGCCGCGGCGGCAGCGGCGGGUCCUCGCGCACGGCAGGGCGGCCUGGGCUUCGGCCUCCCUCCGGUUUCUAGGAAGCGGGCCGACGGCCAGCGCGGGAGCAGCAGCGGCAGAGACGGAGGCUCCGGCGCGUCUCUCUCCUCCCCUUGAGCCUGAGCCGGGGGAGGCCAGGCGGCCGGGGUGGCUGGAGGGGGGUCCGCUGCACGAGAAUGGGAAUUCUCUUCACCAGGAUAUGGAGACUGUUCAAUCACCAGGUUGGGUUUGCACACCACUGAGAAAUGCUGGGGUUCUCUGGGAUGAAGGUUACAGAUUGUGGCCCCAGCCGCACCACUGAGCACCCGAGGAUUGCAGAAUGCGGUAAAACCUGAGGAAUCGCUCUUGCCUUGACCAGUACAUUCGGGUUUAAGAGCCUGUCUUCCAACUCCAUCCAGCCCUUCCCCGCUUUGGGGAGAUUCUUCUGCAUCCUGAGUAGUGAUGGUUCUCUCUCCUUUUGCCGUAUUGAUAUCUGUGUUUAAGGUUAAGCUUAAGAGCACAAAGUUAUCAUUGUCGGGCUGGAUAAUGCGGGAAAAACUACCAUCCUUUACCAAUUUUCUAUGAAUGAAGUUGUACAUACGUCCCCAACAAUAGGAAGUAAUGUAGAAGAGAUAGUGAUUAAUAAUACACGUUUUCUAAUGUGGGAUAUUGGUGGCCAAGAAUCUCUUCGUUCUUCGUGGAACACUUAUUAUACUAACACAGAGUUUGUAAUAGUUGUUGUGGACAGUACAGACAGAGAAAGGAUUUCUGUAACUAGAGAAGAACUCUAUAAAAUGUUAGCCCAUGAGGACCUAAGGAAAGCUGGAUUGCUGAUCUUUGCUAAUAAACAAGAUGUUAAGGAAUGCAUGACUGUAGCAGAAAUCUCCCAGUUUUUGAAACUAACUUCUAUUAAAGAUCACCAGUGGCAUGUCCAGGCAUGCUGUGCUCUUACUGGCGAGGGAUUAUGCCAAGGGCUUGAAUGGAUGAUGUCACGACUUAAGAUUAGAUGAUCUCUACUGACCUAUUCUCAUAGACUUUGUAUAAAUGAAGUGCUGGACUUUACCUGAAAGCUG